AUGUCUACCGAAGAAAGGGUUAACCAACUGCGCGGAUACAAGGCUACCUUGAACAACCCCAAUGUUUCUGACGAGGCAAAACAAAAUGCCCAGGGAAUGCUACAGGAACUGGGCGGUGAUCGGCCUCGAGAAGAAAUUCAUCACGCCCAGGGCCAUUAUGAUAAAGACCCGAUGAGAGUAAAUGCGGGACUCAAGGCUGCACAGAACAACCCAGGUGUGAGUCAGAGCGGUAAGCAAGCUGCAGCAGAGAAGUUGGAUCAGACCCCGGACGAGUGA